UGGCUAGUCAGUUCAACUCCUUUGGCGCGCCUCGGGGCCAGAGAGGCGCCUCGGGCAACGGCAACAACGCAUUUCGUGGACGAGGAUCCGCUACGCGAGGCUCGCAACACAUUUCAAGAGGCGGGAGCACAAAUGCACACAGAUCAGGAGACAAUCCCCGUGGCCGUGGAAGAGGGGCAAGGCGGUUCCCUAUCGGCUGCGACAUCGUCUCCUGCGCAUCAAUCGACUGUCUCACCGUCCGAUAAUUACCAAGAACGCUAUGAACAGCUCAAAUCCGAACGCGCGGCGCAGAGAAAGAAGGCGAUUAGAGAAGGACACAUGGCCGAUCCAGAUCAACCUACAGCGCUGAACAAAGCUAUCAGGCCUGUAGGUACAUGUACCUCCAUGUGCCCCGAGUUUGAGAGCAUAGAACGGAUUGUGCAGAAAAUGGUCGACAAAAAAGAAAAGUACCUGGAUCCAUCAACCGGUGUCCCACAGAAUUCGAUAGCUAUGAUGCUCAAGCGCUUCCGACGAUCCGCAGCUGGCUAUGAGGAGCAGCUCCCUUCCGACAUUCGAACCCCGAAUACGCUGUUGCAAACUACAAACUAUCUUAUUCGUCAUAUCAUUGGUGGAGAGGAACCAUUGGGUAUUAUUCACAAAUUCGUUUGGGACCGGACGCGUUCCAUUCGUAAUGAUUUUUCUGUUCAACAAGUCACCAGUGAGAACGAUGUCAAACUGGCUGUAGUGUGUUUGGAAAGAAUUGCCCGAUUCCACAUCGUUUCCCUUCAUCUUUUGUGCAGCCCAGACAAUGAAGAGCCAUUCGACAGGCAUCAGGAACGCGAGCAGUUGAACAACACAAUGCUUUCCCUGAUGUACUACUACGAUGACAAUCGUGAACGCAUCCAUUUUCCCUGCGAGGAUGAGUUUCGAGCAUACUAUAUUUUAUUCUCCAUCCACGAUCAACGACCUGACCUUGAGGUCCGAGUUCAGAGAUGGCCCGCAUCACUUUUGAAUUCUCCGCGAGUUCAAGUUGCAUUGGAGCUGUACGCAGCUUCUGGGAAUACUUGGGAGUCCUCUGGAACUCUCGAUGCGCGUCGGCCAAAUGCAAUUGCCCAAGGAUUCUAUAGUCGAUUCUUCAACAUUAUUGAUUCUCCAAGCGUGUCAUAUCUCACGGCAUGUGUUGCUGAAAUUUACUUUUCUCAAAUUCGUCAGACAGCCAUUCGUUCGAUUUGGAAGGGAUACCGUCGAUUGCCUGUAAGCCAACAGGCUAAAAACGAAGAUUGGACUCUGGAUGAAUUGACCCGGGUUCUGCAUUUUGACGAUGACGAGCAGACAAUCCAGUUCUGCGAGGAACAGGAUCUUCAGCUGAAAGAGAAUGCUAGUGGACAGCUUUAUUUGGAUUGGGCCGACCGUAAUGUUGACACCAUCCCAUUCUCCCCAUCUUCGACACAGUGUUUCUCCAAUACAUACGUAGAGUCGAAACGGGUCGGAAGAUCUCUCCCUGCCAUCAUCCUUGGAAUGAGCAUUCGUGAAGCUGCUGCAAUGGGUAUGAUUGACCCAGAAGAGAUUCGUUGCGGUUCUGAGAUAUCAAUGUCGCCAAUCAUGGAAUCCUUCCCGCUAGAGGCAGUUCCAAGGGCCGAUCCCUCUCCUUCUGCCUUCGAACCGGCCACUUUGCUCAAGCCCUCGAAGCAACCUGCCGCUUCCACUCCCUUUGCGGGGCUUUCAUCCCCCUUUGCGUCUUUGAGGUCGUCAAAUCAAACGGCCGAGAACACCCUUUCAACUUUGAAUGGAAAAGCUACGCCUCUUCCAGCAUCCUCGUCUCCCUUCGGACCUUUCAAGAUAUCAGAACCUAGCCAGCAGGCUGAUAAUUUUUCGGGUUCGACGGAACAAACUACGUCCGCCACUUCACUCCACUUAUCUUCAUCCCCAUUUGGAUCUUUAAAACCAACAGAACCCAAAGAACCGAUGGGUGUUGCUGAUUCUUCUGCGGGACAAUCCAUCUUUCCGCCGUCGAAAUUAUCUUUUGCGUCUUCCAAUCCGGCAGCACCUGACCAAACGGCUAGUGCUUUUCCUCCUUCCACGGGACAGUCUCUGUUCCCGCCAUCGAAAUCUCCAUUUACAUCUUUUAAGCCGUCGCAGCCCAUCCAGGAGGAGUCUACUUCGACGGAAAAACCUACGACCUCAGUCCUAUUCCCAUCAUCUUCAUCCAGCCCCUUUACAUCUUUCAAGCCGUCAGAACCUAUCGAUCCGUCUGUUAUCUUACCUUCGACGGGAAUAUUUACGUUUCCUCCAUCGAAAUCCCCCUUUACAUCUUUUAAGCCACCAGAUCUGAACCAAAAGGAUGAUUCUUCAUCCACCAUCUCCUCUCCUCUCUCUAUACCUUUCCAACAACCAGAACCCAGACAAAAGGCCGACACCCCACCUGCUUCAACGGGACAAGCUGUGGCUCCCCAUAUGUCCGCAGAUUCUAUAUCCUCCUUUAUAUCAUCGGAGCCUGACCAAGAGGCUGAUGAUUCUCCUGCUUCCGACUUGAUACCGCCAAAUAAUUUCGAGACCACUGCAAAAUCAAUGACUCCAAAUCCAUUUGCCGCAUCGCUAUCAUCCUUCAAGCCAUCAGAGCCAAUCAAAGAAGCCAAUGCUGUAGCUGGCUCUCUGUUUAAUCGGGUUACAAUACCCACUACGAAACAAACACCUGUUCCAAGUCCAUUCCUCGCAUCUUCGUCCACUCUUGCAUCCGCCAAGCCUUCCGAGCUAAACGAUAAGUCUGGUACUCUCCCCACCUCGGCGGGACAAUCUCUAUUCCCAGCAUCUUCGUCCUCCCUAUCUUCCAAGCCUUCGGAGCCCAGCCAAAAAUUCAAUACUUUUCCUGCUUCAACGGGGCAAGCUGGAACUCCCAACCCAUUUGAAGCGUCUAUAUCAUCAUUUAAUCGAUUAGAGAAAAUCAACGAAAGCCAUGCUCCAGGUGGCUCUAUUUUUGCUGGAACGCUACCUUCCUCGGAAUUAGCUCCCACCAACCCAUUUCCAUCAUCUUCACCCUUCACUGCAUUCGCCAAGCCAUCCGGGCAACAGCAAAAGGCCGUUACUCCUCCCACUCUGGCAAAACAAGCUUUCUCUCCCACGCCAUUCUCACCAUCUGCGUCCUCUGCGUCCUUCAGACCGAUGGAGUCUAAUGAAUUGGCUGGUUCUGCGGCCCAAUCACUUUCCAAUCGGGUCAUGUCUCCGGAACAAAGUGCGACUAGUACCCCAUUCCAAACAUCGACAUCGUCGUCCGCUUCAUCUUUUAACGCGUCGACAUUCAGUCGAAGCCAUUAUCGAAAUUAUGAUGAUUUAUACCCAGCCUUUGAAACUGAGGAGGAAGAAAGAACCGCAUGGCAAAAUCUCAUUAACUCGACAGUGGCAAAACGUGCUCGAAAGAGGGCACGUGAAGAAGAAGAACAGGCCGAGAAACGACAUGAGGCUUACAAACUAUCCGAGCAAGCAUUGAAACAGAAGGAACAAAAGGAACUCCAAUUCCCCAAGCUUUCAAAGAUGGUGAAGGUCUCUGACCAGGCGGCAAAUGCCGUCAAAGAAGCCGCGGUCAAAGCUCACAAACGUAUGGUCGAUGAGGACGAAUUACUUUUAACGGCCGCUCGAAUUGUUGCUGAGCAGCUGCGAACUGGGCCAUCUAUUUUUGAAGGAUACCGUCGCACUCGGUGA